AGCAGCAUGGAGAUCACAAUACUGUGUACGGUCAUUGCCUCCAUCAGAGUCCUUCCCAACAGAUCCCAGUUAUUUCUCUACGAGUCGCUCUCUCUGAGCUGUGGGGAGCCAGGAAAGUCUUCUCAGUGGAGAGUUAUAAGGAACACAUCUACACUCUCAAAUGAAGAGUGUCCCAUACCCAGGAAUAAAAUAAAUGAAUCUAACUGCUUCAUUGAUGAUGUUUACCCACUAGACACUGGAGUGUACUGGUGUGAGUCUGAAGGAGGAAGGUGCAGCAACGCUAUCAACAUCACUGUGACUGACGGUCCUGUGAUCCUGGAGAGUCCUGCCCUUCCUGUGAUGGAGGGAGACGACGUGACUCUGAACUGCACAGAUGCAAAUUCCUCUUCCAACCUCACUGCUGAUUUCUACAAAGAUGGCUUCCUCGUGGCGACCAGCUCUACAGGAAACAUGACCAUCCACAGUGUUUCUGAAUCUGAUGAAGGAUUCUACAGCUGUAACAUCUCUGGAGUCGGACAAUCACUAGACAGCUGGCUGGCUGUUAGAGGGCGUCCUGAGCCGCCUGAGCCGCCUGAGUCCCUCCUCGCAUGCAUUCUACUUCCUGUGGUGGGCUUCUGCGUCUUGCUAGUCUCGCUGACGCUGCUCUGGAGGAGACACAAAGACAAUGAUGUUUCGUACAGUAACGUCAUCAUCAACCAGGGAAUGCAACCAAAAAGGACCACAGACGCUCCAAAGGACGCUUCAAUCUUCUACUCAACACUCAAUCUAACAACCACCUGACAGGAAGCAACAGAUGCAGUAAUUCAAUGUGUUUUUCUAUAAAUUGUGUGUUUGAUGAAAUGUUUUGAAUGUAAACAGAAGUGAUUACAGUAUAUUUUCCACAUCGCUGCGGCUGGAA